AUGUCAUCCGAGGCCCUCACCACAAUCUCCCUCCCCUCUCUUCCCCGGCUGUCCCAGGGCAAAGUCAGGGACCUUUUCGCCCUCCCAGAUAAUCGCACACUUCUCUUCGUCACUUCAGAUCGUAUAAGCGCAUACGACGUCAUUCUCAAGAACGGCAUAUCCUCGAAGGGACUUAUCUUGACGCUGCUCUCUGCAAAAUGGUUCGAGGUGCUCACAUCCAGGAUUCCAGGCUUGAAGCAUCAUUUUCUCAGCCUCACCCCACCGCCAGCGCCUGGUAUAGUCACUCCUGAGGAGCGACGCAUGCUUCGCGGGCGCUCGAUGACUGUUCGUCUGACUAGCGGAGCAGUACGCGGCUAUGUUACGGGGAGUGCAUGGUUAGAGUACCAGAAGAGCCAGAGUAUUCAUGGCCUCCCCCAACCUGCGGGACUCUCGCACUGCCAACAGCUUCCUCAGCCCAUAUACACGCCAUCCACCAAGGCAGAGCUCGGAGAGAAGGAUGUCAACAUCUCCCCAGAUCAGGCGAAGACGAUUGUGGGCGAUAAGUAUGCCUCACGCAUUGAGGAUUUGGCGCUCGCAUGCUACAAAGCAGGGGCCGCCCACGCAGAAGCAUGCGGUAUAAUCAUAGCAGAUACCAAGUUCGAGUUUGGUUUAGAUGAAGAAACCGACGAGAUCUACCUUGUGGACGAGGUUCUCACGCCCGACUCUUCGCGCUUCUGGAGCAAAGCCGACUACCAAGUCGGACGCGAGCAGGACUCCUUCGACAAGCAGGUGCUUAGGAACUGGUUAACGUCGAACGGUCUGAAGGGAAAGCAAGACGUACAAAUCCCUCCCGAAAUCGUAGAGAAGACAAAGUCACGCUAUAUGGAAGUGUACGAACUGUUGUCGGGAAGAACCCUGGAGGAGGCGCUGAAGAGCUUAGAGGACUAA